AUGAGUGUUCCUGAGUCAAGUAAUAAUAAACAGCUUCAACAUAUGUUACAAUCAGCUGUGCAAGCAGUUCAAUGGACUUACAGCCUCUUCUGGCAAUAUUGUCCUCAACAAGGGUUAUUAGUCCGGCUAGAUGGGUAUUACAAUGGAGCUAUAAAGACGAGAAAGAUGGUGCAACCAAUGGAUGAAUCAAGAACUGCGGAGGAAGCAUGUCUACAAAGAAGCCAACAGCUUAAAGAACUCUACGAGUCGUUAUCAGCCGGAGUCGAACAACCUGCAAGACGGCCAUGUGCAGCGUUGUCGCCGGAGGACUUGACGGAGUCUGAGUGGUUUUAUCUCAUGUGUGUCUCUUUUUCUUUCCCUCCUGGUGUAGGGUUACCAGGAAAGGCGUAUGCAAAAGGACAACAUAUGUGGCUAACAGGAGCAAAUGAGGUUGAUAGCAAAGUAUUUUCUAGAGCAAUUCUUGCCAAGAGUGCUCGAAUACAAACUGUAGUGUGCAUACCUGUAAUGGAUGGUGUGGUGGAGUUAGGAUACACCGAAAGAGUUCAAGAAGACCCAUCUUUUAUUCAACAAGUCAAAUAUUUUUUCGACGACCACUACCACCACCACCAGCUCCAUAAUGAACUACCAUUACAACCAAAACCUGCACUCUCGGAGCACUCUACCUCCAAUCCAACUGCAUCCUCCAACCAUUCCCACUUCCAGUCUCCUCUUGUCCUUGCCACAUACACCACUGUCGACCCACUACCUAUUCCUAGUGAUGGAGCCAACAACAAUAAUGAGAACGAUGAGACUGAGGGCGAAGCUGACUCAGAUCCUGAGGCCCAGACAAUCCUUGGCUUGCCAGUAAAGUUGGAACUACGAUACCAAAAAGGUAUUACCGUUGUUCCUGACUCAUCUGAUGAGCCAAGCGAGUUAAUGCAGAUAGAAAUACCGGAGGACAUACAACUCAGCUCCCCUGAUGUUGUAUCCAAUAACCUUGACUCGAACUUUCCCUUAGUGGCUGUUGGUCCAACACCAAGUCACCAGCAUCACACCGUUGACUCAUUCAUAACAACGAAGUCAACUCGAAGAUGGCCUGUUAUGCAACAGCAACAACUACAGGAUCCAAUAAUUAUUAGCAACAACCUCCAGACACCAUCUCUAGGUAUCGCUCCAAUGGAAAGCCUCUCCCAAGAAGACGCAUACUACUCCCAAACCGUCUCUAUCAUCCUACAACUCCAAUCUAGCCGAUGGGCAGAACCCUCUUCUACCACCUCUGUUGCAACCUCUUCUUACCUCUCCUACUCUUCAAACUCUGCCUUCUCAAGCUGGACACCAGGGUCCAACCACCACCACUCACCAGUGGAAGGCACCUCGCAAUGCCUUCUUAAUAUCCUAUUCACAGUUCCUCUCCUUCAUUCCAUGUACCGCGAAGAGAACGUUAGCUCCCCAAGUCAGACCCAUUACAUGGCCCUUGGUCGCGGGAAGAGCACUAGUGGACCUCCUCAUGAUGAGCUCUCGGCCAGUCAUGUAUUAGCUGAGCGUAGGAGAAGGGAGAAGUUGAACGAGAGGUUUGUCAUUUUGAGGUCAUUGGUGCCAUUUGUGACAAAAAUGGAUAAGGCCUCUAUUUUAGGAGAUACCAUUGAGUAUGUGAAGCAGCUACGCAAAAAGGUACAGGAACUUGAGGGGCGUACAAAGUCUGGAGAGGAGAGAGAUAAGAGGAAAUUGCAGGUGAUAGAAGAAAGCAGCAGUGGAAAUGAAAUGAGGGUAAAGAAGACAGCAGCACAGUUGCAACAAAGUAACAUGUUAGAAGUGUCGAUAAUUGAGAGUGAUGUAUUGGUGGAGUUGCAGUGCCCAUAUAAGGAGGGGUUGUUGCUGGAUGUCAUGAUCAAACUGAGAGACAUGCGCCUAGAAGUUACUACAGUGUUGUCCUCCCUUAACAAUGGCCUUCUUGCAACAGAGUUAAGAGCCAAGGUUAAAGAGAAUGUUAAUGGAAAGAAACCCAGUAUAAUUGAAGUGAAGAGGGCUGUGAAUCAAAAAAUACCUCAAAGUGACUCAUAAGUUUUAAUGUGCAUCG